UCGUGCUUGGAACCAUUGUUCAGAAACCCGGAAUCUAUCAGUCCAACAUUCACCGCAGACUUUCCCUUGUCAUGUCACGUUGCGAGAUCGAGGACGUACUAAAUGAACUAGUUCAUCUAGGUGCCGUCAAUAAAAAGGUGAUAGUUAAGCCACCCAAGGUCUCGUUGUUUUCCAAACCCAGAGAGUUUAUGGAAUGCGACGGGACUGCGCAAAGGGAUGUUUUAGGUGGUGGUGGCGUCUAUGCAACCUACGGGAUGAGGCUCUGGUUUUCACCCCAAGAGUCUCAGAGAAUCGGAUACACAUUUCACGCCGGUUACGAUUUUCCGAUACACAUUUUACAAAGCCUGUUGGCUCUCAACAUUUCUUUAACUCAAAUAUGGCAUUCCAACUUACCAUCAAUUCGUGGAUUAAACACUUUUAAGACGAGGGAUCGACGUCACUUCAUCUAUCAAACUCCCUCUAUAGGCACCAUGCCAACCGAUUUGCCAAGUUCAUACUUGAGCGCAAGGAUAUUUCACUUUAUCUGUUCUGCGAAUCGAGCCAUACAUUAUGUCACAGAAAUAUUACGAUUACGCGACAAAAAUUCAUCCCCACCGGUUUUCGUAUGGGAACCUAUACCUGCAGAAGAAAGCCUGCAAUCUUGCAUAGAGGCAAUGAGGAUGGUGGAUGUUGUGUCACCAAAUCACGAGGAAGCCGCAGCCUUACUAGGGUUGGUCACGGAUGACGAGGAAGACGAAAGAUUUCUGACUGAUGAGAUGCUGAUGUUCAUGGUCGACAAGUUUUUGGCCUAUCAGAUUGGGCGACAUGGAAAUGGGUGUGUGAUCAUUCGUGCCUCCCAUAAAGGUUGUAUCGUGGGCACAAGAGAGAAAAAGGAAAUAAUACCAGCUUAUUGGACAACACCCAAAGAUGGGGGCCGACAUCCACACGUGGUCGAUGUCACCGGGGCCGGAAAUUCCUUUUGUGGAGGUCUCAUGGCUGGUUUACUAAAAUCAAAUUUUGACGUUUUCGAAGCUGCAUUGUAUGGAUCGGUCAGUGCGUCAUUUGUCAUUGAACAACUAGGCACCCCUAGGCUCCACAUUGAUGAACAGGGAAACGAAUCAUGGAACACGGGCGACAGUCCACAUAUAAGGCUCGACAAGUUGAAACAACGAGUAAAAGAGAAACUCAAAGAGAAACUAAAGGUGAAGUUGAAAGAAAGGAUUCGGGAAAAAAGGUUGAAGCAACAAGAUGAUGUCGAUGGUGCAAGUGGUGUCAGUAAAGAGAUAAAGGAUAGCGGUGACGGCGGACACCCCAAAGAUGGUCUAGAUCGAGAAAGUGUCGGCGAGAGUAUGAGUCCAGUGGAUUGA